AUGUUCUCCUUUCGCAGGAAGAGCUCUCAAAAGCGAGGAAAGGACGACAAGGACGCUCGUAAGACGCGCUCUCCGUCACUACCCAGGAUGGCCAUGACCAACGGCAUACCCUGGCCUGAGGACCUUGUUGACAUCGCCGCUAUCCGCGCGACUCCGCCCCCUGACGAUGUUCGCCAAGGCCCAUUCAGGAGCGCACUCCUGUCGUCAGCAGAGGGCGGCGCCAUCCCCUUCCACAAGCCAAGCCGCUUUCGCGCAGAAUCUCUUGAUGGGCAUGGUACUCAAAGCGGGAACGGCAGGCGUGAGAGUGAGGGUGCCAGUGACGAAGCCCAAGCUGGAGCCAACGAGGUGGACCGCGGUCGCCCGACGCGUCCAUCUAUCGUGCCCAUCUCGAGUUUCUACAUGUCGCAGAGCCAUCCACCGAGCGCGUUUGACAAUUGGCGCGGGUCGAGUACGCAGGUGAACGCGGGGAGCAAUGGGAGGAGGAGUCUCAGACGGAAGGUUGCGGCACCGGCAUUUAAUAUCAUGGUGGUCGGUGCACGUGGGACUGGCAAGACCUCAUUCCUGCGCCUACUCCUCGAGAGCGCAGACCCCUCUCCUAGUGCGACGGACGAACAGCGCGCCAGCAUACGCAAAUUCUUGUCCGGUGCUCCUAGCCGCACAGAGGCAAUGGAGAGUGCCACUAUGGAGAUCACCGAGUCUCGCGUGGACCGCCUCCUGCUGAGCGUGAUUGAUACGCCUGGCCUCGACUUUGGCGAGGGACGCGAAUUGCGUGCGGAAAGGCAGAUGAAUGCCAUCAUGCGGUACCUAGAUGCACAGUAUGCGGAUACGAUGAACGAGGAGAGCAAGCUCGUGAGGCAGAAUAAAGGGGACCAGCAUGUGCAUCUAUGUGUGUUUAUGAUGGACCCUUCUUCUGUUGUGUCACCUUCCUCUCGACGCAUGAGGCAUUCGCUUCCUGCCAAGAAACGGCCGGACACUGCGGUUUCUCAAACCCGCUCUCGCACUUCCGAAGACGUUAAUAUCGAGGCUUCACAUAUGCACGGCGAAGGCAUGAACGGAGAAGCUGAAGAAAAGGGAGAAUCAGGCACAAGAAUCUCAACCGCGGACAACCCGAUGGAAAAUGAGGCAAAUGAUGAACUAGAAAUGUCACCCUCAGAGCUCCGCGUCAUCUCUCGUCUCGCAGCACGUGUUAACGUGCUUCCUGUAAUUGCGCGCGCUGACACGCUGACGGACGAGGUCCUCGUUGACGUCAAGUCUGCCGUGAGGCGAGGAUUGGCCGGUGCAGGCCUCGACUUUGGGGUGUUCGGCAUGGCUGCCGGUAUGCCAUCGACGGCGACCAAGGAAGAGCCCACGAGCCCCGUGAACAAAGUCAACAGGAACGUCACCAAUGGGAACGGAAAUGAAGCUGAGAAUGGACGCGCGAAUGGGCAUGCAGAUUCCCCUGUCUUAUCCACUUCAUCGGCGAACGGCAUCUCACCGCAGUCUUUGCCUGCCAGCGCACAAGAUAGUCCAAGCGCUAAUCCGGGGCCUGAAGCCGAGACUGCAGACGCGGACGAGACCAGUCGCCCUACUCGCCCUGUGAUCAAGUUGCGUGCCCCCAGACGGAAACUUUCCCGCUCGCGGUCUCGUUCGCGGCGUGAUCUUGCGUCUGUCGCAGCUGAGGAGCUCGGCGAGCCCGUUGCCGUCCCUGCCCGCCGCACAUCCUCGUCCAUUCCUCCUACCACCAACGGUGGCUCGAACGACAUCAGCGGCCCUAACUCAGCAAUCGAAGUCUCCGACGAAGACGAAUAUGUCGCGCAAGUACGAUUCUCCGCAUCUCAGGUAGCGCCCAAGCUCAGCGAGCGCCUCCCCUUCGCACUGAUCGCACCGGAGGAGCGGGCCGAGACGCGAGCACGCACUCGGGCGCUCGAGCGGCUGAACUCGUCAGCCGCACGUCCGGGCUCAGCCAACGGCGUCAACGGCGCUGUGAACGGAUGCGCCAGCGGGAGCGUGAUCUCCAACGGCGACGCCUCAAUGGUUACCUCGCCCACCACGGAGCCCAACACGCCCGGAGCGCCCGCAGGACGGCGCGCCUCGCUGCUCCCCAGCGCGCCGCCCGAGCCUCUGCGGGGCUUGUUCACGCGCCGGUUCCGGUGGGGCGCGGUGGACGUACUCGAUCCGACGCACUGCGACUUCUCGGCGCUGCGAACAGCGGUGCUGACGACGCACAUGAAGGCGCUCAAGACGCACACGCGGGAGGUGCUUUACGAGAAGUAUCGUACUGAGAAGCUACUCGCACGUCGUGCAACACAGAAUAUCGGACCGGAGGAGGCGCAGAAGCUGUUCAAAGAUCUUGGGUUGCUUUGAGGCCCAGACACCCUCAUUUAUCUAACAUUUAUUGGAACUAUCUAUCCCGCUUAUCAUUAUUCAAGACCAUGUAGGUCGCCCACAUUCGUUCUAUCUUGUUUGUCAUGU